CUCACCGAGGAAAGGUGUAUCCCUCCGAUUUUUUCAAUCAAGUCUCGUGUUUCCGAUUUAAAUCGAAAUUUAAUACCACGAAACACGAUCAACCCCUUCCUUUCCACCCAUCCAAUGCAUCAGGGGUGAUAUUUUAACGGGAUUAAUCGACCUGACGAGAUAAAUACAGCCCUACGGAAACAGUUUUAUCUUGGAUACUAAAGUGCUAUCGAUCGUGUUGUAUAUCUGUACACCUCUGAUUUUUAUUCCAUUGUUUUAUUUUACAAUAAAACCAUUUUGACGGUUGACGAGUGAUAUUGUUUUUGAUAUGAUCACUCAUCUGUGAUAUUUCGAGUGUUGAUGAUCAUCGGUGACAUCAUGAUUGGCGUUAAAAUGCUGCCGCAGACACCUGAAAUUAUCUCGACAUCUCUCAAUCCGAAGUGCGUAAAGGCACGGGCCCUUUAUGACAACAUUGCCGAGGCACCAGAUGAGCUGGCAUUUCGCAAGGGUGAUGUUCUAACUGUUCUGGAGCAAAAUACUUCGGGUCUUGAGGGAUGGUGGCUAUGCGCCCUCAGGGGUAGACAGGGAAUCUGUCCAGGAAAUCGACUGCGUCUGCUAGUAGGUCAGUACGACAGUGGUAUUGGCGGCAGUCGAGCUGAUCUCACCCUCUCCGAGGAUGGAAUCCAACGUCAUGGAAAAAGACGGAGUUGGCACGUUCAAUCGAACAGGGUGGUGACACCGCAAAAAUGUGGGGAUGUCUAUCUGUACGAUCUGCCAGCGAAUCGGAGCAGUCCUGCCCCAUCCUCACAUCGAGAUUCACCGCUGAAUUCGAUGGAUCAAAUUCAUGGAGGUCGAUUCUCCAGUGGUCACCAGAACUCUAUAGACUCCGGCGGUGACAUGAGUGAUUGCUACGACGUGCCGCCCCGAGCAACUCCAGUAAUUCCGUCUCCAGCCAGCAGUCCAAGCCCUGCUCCCUCGUGCUACGACAUCCCCAGGCCACCCACCUCCUGCACACCAAAUUCCAAUUGUUCCGGCGGUUCGGGUGCCACUCCCCUGGACUGUUACGACGUACCUCGUCCUCUGCAGCCCCUCACCCCGAGUAGCUCAGCCUCCAGUCUGACAAAUGAUGGAUCAUUGAGUGGCUCCAACAGAUCAAGCAUAACAGCACCCGACUACGACAUCCCGAGACCUCGUCUUCCCUCAUCAUCGAGGUACAACAGCCUCCAGAAAAUCUCAACAACCCCACCUCCAAGUCAAAUGCCUCAUAAUCAUCAGAAUCAACAGAUUUAUGACGUUCCUAUCAGCAAAGAAAGCCCACAAGUUAACAAAGAGCUUCCACUGGAGCUUGAAUCAGCUCUCGAGGGCCUCCAGAAGCUCCAGAGUGAGGCAUCAGCUGCUGUUGGUCGUCUCUUGGGGUUCGUGAGCCCUGGGUGGAGGACUGCACAGCGUCUCGAUGCAACACUCAUGGAUUUAAGACUGGCAGCACUGAGAUUGAGAACAUCUCUUCAUGAUUUAGCGGAAUUCGCUGAGGGCACACUUGGCAAUGCCAGUAAGGCACCUGACAAGGGACUUGCUAAUAAAUUUAGGCCACUGGUUAAGGCCCUCAGGGACUCGGAUAAACUGGUGCAAGAGGCUGCGACCGAGUUGGAUCAGAUUGAGUGGGACGCUGGGAGGCUAGCCAGAGGUGGUGAUGAAACAUCAACGCCCACUAAUGGCACUCCAACGGGUAUUGGUCAAACACCACAACCCGAUCCACUGGAUCAACUCAUGGCGUGUGCUAGGGCACUCACUGAAGAUGUUCGACAAAUUGCCAGUUUUAUUCAGGGGAAUUCAACACUUUUAUUCAAAAGAUCGUCAAUCAUCUCCAGCAGUGCGAGCACAAAUGCAGAGGACUAUGACUACGUGAAUUUAGAUUCACGAGAGACUGUGGCGAAGCAAAGGGAGGACAUAAGGGCGGCACUCCCUUCCGACGAGCUGAGGAAGAGUUAUGAUCUCCUCGUGGCGGAGGCUGAUAACGCAGCUAUUCAGACAACUAGUACGCCGACUCCAAUGGAUCCUAAUGAUAAGCAAUUGUUGGCGUUCUACGUGGCGCAAGUGAUAACACAUGGGGCACAUUUGACACAUGCUAUUGAGGCAUUUCUGCAAACUGUACAGCAUAAUCAACCUCCGAAGGUUUUUCUGGCGCAUGGAAAAUUUGUUGUCCUUAGUGCACACCGUCUGGUGCACAUUGGCGAUACAGUUCACAGGAAUGUCACAAGCAAUGAAAUACGAACGAGGGUCCUUCAGUGUGCAAAUGCUCUGAGUGAAGCACUCGCUCAGACAGUAUCAAAGACGAAGCAAGCAGCCCAGUUCUUUCCAAGUGUUGUAGCUGUGCAGGAGAUGGUUGACAGUGUUGUUGACGUUUCUGUGCUGUCUAAAGAGCUCAAAGUUGCCAUGAUUCACGCUGCUCAGCAGCCUUGAAGCUCAAACAUGUGCCACUGGGGAUGGAAUGAAAUUUUACCUCAAAACAUUGCUGAAUGAACUUUUAAAGUUCGAUUACUAUUAUUACACACUAUACAGCGUUAAAGUACUGCCAAAGUAUAAUUUGCGGAUAGAAAGAUAAAUGAUAAAAUAGAAAUCAUGGAAUCAAAUGUGUCGAGUAAAGUGGUAACGGGAAAUUAGGCCAUGUUUUAUGAAAUAGAUGAGAUUUUGACUUUAUUUUGUAGCUGAAAAUAACGUAGACCCUUUUUGGAAUGUAUUGUAAUUUUGGAGGUCGUUUUAGAGUCAAAUGAUGUUGAACGCGGAAUUAAGGAAGUGGGGAAUGAGAUGAGUGAAUUUGGUAGACUCGCGGAUGUAAUGGAAUUAUUAUUCUACAUAUUGAAGAAACCAAAAAAGAGAUUCACCGUCGAUUUUGAGUGAGAGAUAAAUUUUUUAUACCAGAAUUUUUGUCAGGCAGCUGUGAGUCCACUGUUGGAUUUUCGGACACUUAUUGAUGUUUAUUUAACUUUGAAUUGAAGUCACAACGACAUUGAACUGCUGAUUUAUGCAGAGAACUGAUUUUACAAAGAGACGAAUUGAAGACCAGGGAAUAUACACAUUUGUAAUUUUGUGAAUUGUUUAUAAUUUAUUUGCCAUGAAAUUUUGUAAAAAAAUGUAUUCGUUUUAAACGACGAGUUCUGUAUUGUGAUGUUCUUCAGUAUGAAGCCGAUUUUCGAAUGAAUUCGGUGCAUAUCGAGAUGAAAAAUUGAGAAAAUUAUUGAAAAAAGAGAAUUGUAAAACACUUAAUUGAUCCUAGAUGUAAGAAUAUUAUACAAUGUACAUAAUUAGGAAUAUUUAUAUAUAAUUCCUGUCCUAUCAGUGUUAUCCAUGAGUAGGGAAAGAAUAAUAGAAAAAGAUAGUGUAUCCGAACUGUGCAAUGAGAUAAUAAUCGAGAGGUUUGAAGAGGCAACAAUUAUCUACUUAUAAACGGCAAAAAAAAGUUCAGGAAUUUUUAGGUUCUUGUGAUUUUAUUUUUGUGGCGUGUCACCCCUUGUAUUUAUAAACACCCGAGAAUUCAAUAAAGAAUUAAAGCCAAAU